ACGGAUUCCCAAAAACGAAAAGAAAGAUAAAGAAGAAAAAUGAAGAAUGUGAUGAAUCGAGUCUUCUUCUGCAAAUCACUCUCUCUCGUCUUCCUUGUUCCUUCUUUCACUCGUUCCAGUCUCCGAUUCACCUACUCCUCCUCCGCCGCCGCCGCAGCUUCUUCUCCUAACCGAGCCAUUCACUGCAUGGCUUCCGAUUCCCCUCAACCCGGUGAUGGUUCCGUCUCUCUUCCUCCUUCUUCCGCUUCUUCCGCCAUUGAUUUCCUCUCUCUCUGCACUCGCCUCAAGACAACUCCAAGAGCUGGAUGGAUUAAAAGAGACGUAAAAGAUCCAGAAUCUAUAGCGGAUCACAUGUACCGGAUGGGUCUUAUGGCUUUAAUUUCUUCAGAUAUCCCUGGUGUUAACAGAGACAAAUGCAUGAAAAUGGCAAUUGUUCAUGACAUUGCAGAAGCCAUUGUAGGAGACAUUACACCUUCUUGUGGGAUAUCUAAAGAAGAGAAAAACCGAAGAGAAAGUGAAGCACUUGAACACAUGUGCAAACUCUUGGGAGGAGGAGAAAGAGCUAAAGAAAUCGCUGAGCUUUGGAGAGAAUACGAAGAGAACUCUUCACCUGAAGCCAAAGUUGUGAAAGAUUUCGACAAGGUUGAGCUGAUACUACAAGCUUUGGAAUACGAACAAGCGCAAGGGAAAGAUCUAGAAGAGUUUUUCCAAUCAACCGCAGGUAAGUUCCAAACUGAUAUAGGCAAGGCUUGGGCGGCGGAGAUUGUUUCAAGAAGACGAAAGCAACAUUAGUUUCCACAUGAUACCUGUUCAUUGGUUCUUAACGUUAGUUCUCAUUGGAGUUAAAACACUCGUACGUUUCAAAUAUAAUCUUCGUUGCUGUCUUAACGUUUCAAUAGCUAUCUUUAACUAGUGACUAUUGUAUAUGUAGCUAGCUAAUGAAGAUCAAAAUACUUAAUCAAACUCGAAAUUAUUUUUAUAUUAAAAAUAGUAUUAUUGGAUA